UGCAUGUCUGCCUUCGUGAGGGGAGAUUUCUGAGCGUGUUCAUGUCAUGAGACAGUGCAGCGCAGGAUCGAAGUGGUCGCCUCUAACGCCACUGGAACCCCAAUGCACAGGACUCUUUUGCAGAGGUUUGAGUUUAGUUACAUGAAAGUAUGCGAUGUUUGCAGGAGUGCCCGGUUCUUUUUCUGCUACACUUUGUUUUCAUUCUGGCAGCCGGCCACAAAGAGCUCUCCGAAUCUGGCCGACUCUUCUCCCUCUUUGCAGAACAAGGUCAGUUGUCCCAGUCAGAUCUGUCCACUGUCCACCCAGUGAAAACCACCGCUGAUGGAGAGUUCAUCUCUCACUCUCUGGCUCACCACUUCAAGGGAGGGCGAGUCAGGCGUGACCUGCGACCCCUUGAUUUGGAGGGACAGGUUUACUACAAGGUCAACUACAAGGGUCGCACUUUAAUGUUUAAUUUGACGGCAAACAAUCACCUGGUUUCAAGUGACUACAUCCUGGAGAGGAGGAACGGCAGUGCCAACAGGACUGAGCAUCGUCGCUCUGACGGGAACUCGUGCCACCUCCUUGGCACAGUGGAAGCCUCUGAUGUGCGAGGAACUGCUGCCAUCAGCACCUGUAAAGGACUGAGAGGCUUCUUCUCCCUUCCAGAGGGACACUUCUUUAUCGAACCGGUCCAGAAAUCUCCCGAUGAUCCUGCAGGGAUUCCAGAGCCCCAUAUUGUCUAUCCAAGAGUUACAGCAGAAAGCCAGAGAAAAAAACGCAGUCUUGAGUCCAAAGAGACACCCAGCCCCUGUGGAGUUCAAGAUGCUCCAAGUGACUCUGUCCAGGUGGAGAGGGAGAGGGAGGAAUGGGAGAGGGAGCAUCAAAAGGGGGAGAAUCAGGCUCAGCCCCGCACGCAGCGCUCCGUCAGCAGAGAGCGGUGGGUGGAGACCAUGGUGGUGGCAGACGCCAAACUCAUAGAAUACCACGGCAGCGACAAUGUGGAGUCCUACAUCUUCACAAUCAUGAACAUGGUGGCAGGGAUCUUUCAUGAUGCCAGUAUUGGGAAUGCCAUCCACGUCAUCUUGGUUCGCCUCAUUCUACUCCAGGGAGAAGAGAAAGGGUUGAAGAUCGUUCACCAUGCAGACACCACUUUGGCCAGUUUCUGUGCUUGGCAGAAAAACCUCAAUCCCCAGAGUGACACACACCCGGCUCAUCAUGACGUGGCCGUGUUGGUCACUAGGAAAGACAUCUGUGCUGGAAUGAACCAGCCCUGUGAGACGCUGGGUCUGUCUCAUCUGUCUGGGAUGUGUCAACCACACCGCAGCUGCAACAUCAAUGAGGAUUCAGGACUACCUGUCGCCUUCACCAUCGCUCAUGAAAUGGGCCACAACUUUGGAAUCCAUCAUGACGGUCAGGGGAAUGACUGUGAGCUGGAAGGGAGGCACCCGUUCAUCAUGUCCAGGCAGCUGAUGUACGACAGCUCGCCUCUCACUUGGUCCUCCUGCUCCAAAGAAUACAUCACACGCUUCCUCGAUCGUGGCUGGGGUUUCUGUUUGGAUGACCGUCCUUCCAAGAGGGACCUGACCACCCCGCUGGCUCGCCUCGGUGUCCGCUACACCACACACCACCAGUGCCAGCUCCAGUAUGGCCCAAAUGCCACCUUCUGCCAUGAGGUCGAUAACAUUUGCCAGAUUCUUUGGUGUUCAGUGAACGGCUCCUGUCGCUCCAAACUGGACUCGCCUAUCGAUGGCACUCGCUGUGGACCGGAGAAGUGGUGUAUCUCAGGAGAGUGUGUGAUUGUGGGUAAACUCCCAGAGACGGUGAAUGGAGGCUGGGGACAGUGGACUACCUGGUCUCACUGCACCAGGACCUGCGGGACUGGGGUUCAGUCAGCAGAGAGGGAAUGUAAUGACCCUAAACCAGAGUUCGGGGGAAAGUACUGCACCGGGGAAAGGAAACGUUAUCGGACCUGUAACACAAAGCCCUGUCAGAAGACAAAUCCAACCUUUCGAGAGAUGCUGUGCAGUGAGUUCGACACUGUGCCCUACCACAAUGAGCUCUACCAGUGGAUUCCUGUGUCUAACACAUUAAACCCCUGUGAGCUGCACUGUCGACCAAUGAUUGAGUUUUUCUCGGAGAAGAUGCUUGAUACCGUGACAGAUGGGACACCGUGCUUUAUGAACAACAAGUCCAGAAACAUCUGUGUCAAUGGAGUGUGCAAGGAGGUAGGCUGUGACUAUGGCAUUGACUCAAACGCUGUGGAGGAUCGUUGCGGAGUCUGUUUAGGCGAUGGCACAAGCUGUGAGACGGUCUACAAGUCGUUUGAUGAAGGAGAAGGCUUUGGGUACGUGGACGUGGGUGUGAUACCUGAGGGGGCGCGGGACAUCCUGGUAAAGGAAGUGGCGGAGGCAGGUAACUUCCUGGCUCUGAGGAGCGAGGCAGUGGAGGAAUACUUUCUCAACGGCAACUUCAUCAUCCAGUGGAACGGAGAGUACGAGGCCGGCGGGACGACGUUCUACUACGAACGCAGCGGGAACAUGGAGAACCUCACCGCUCCUGGACCCACCAAACAGCCGGUCAUGCUGCAGUUGCUGUUUCAGGAGAAGAACCUAGGUAUAAAGUAUGAGUACACCAUCAAAAAAAACAAAGUGACCGGAAAUGAGGUCAUCGAACCCAUCUACAGGUGGAGGCACGGGGCAUGGACAGACUGCAGCACCACCUGUGGCUUAGGUGGGCAGCACCAGCCUGUGCGGUGUUUUGAGAUGGACGUGGGUGUAGUGGAUGAGUCUCUGUGUGACCCAGUCAGCCGUCUAGAAGACAGACACCGAAAAUGCAAGAAUAUGGAUUGUCCUGCAAGGUGGUGGGUGGGUGGCUGGCAGCAGUGUACAGCCACCUGUGGAUCAGACGGUGUACGGAAGCGAACAGUUCUCUGUGUUCGGACAGUCUCAGGGGAGGAAAGGGUGCUCCACCCUGCCGAGUGCAAGCAUCUCCUUAAACCCAAACCUGUGGUGCCGUGCAACAGAGAUGUAGCCUGUGGACUGGACUGGUCUGUCGGCAACUGGGAAGAGUGCCCCGUCACAUGUGGAGGCAGUGUACGCUCACGUACAGUCACUUGUUUAACACCCAAGAAGACCUGCGACCUCUCAACCAAACCUCGGUCCAGAUCCCUGUGUGCCCUACAGAGCUGCCCUAACUCAAGUCUUCGUAGACGACCUGGGCCUCCUCCUAAAUACCGCCAUAUCUACCCUCCUAAGAGUCGCCCCACCAGCCAUCCUACACCCACACCUACCUGGGCUCCCACAAGCACCACGGCCACAUCUGCACCCACAGCUGCUAUCACUGUGAGGAAGAAAACAACCACCAAAGAAACUACAACCGCUUUCAUCCCGACCACCACAUCCCUUUUAACCCCUAAAACCACAAUCCCUGAAAUCAUAGACACAGAUGACACUGAGCUCAAUGUUCAAGUGAGGAAAAAUGAGGAUAAGAGAGGGAAAGUUUUCCCAUCUAAAGUCAAUUCUGCUGAAAAGGACAGAACUGGCGGGGAGAAGGUAGAAGAUAAGGAGGAGGGAGAGGAGGGAAGUACGCCAAAUGUGGGGAUGUAUACUCCAGGAUAUGAUUAUGUUGUUGAGGAAAGAACAACAGAGGAGGACGGAAUUAUUGACCUCGAUGUUUCCACUUCUACAUCCUUCAGACAUCCUCUUAAAUCAACCACACCAACACUACAUAUCCCCAUCACACCCACUUUACAAACAAGUCCUUCUACCAUGCACACAACCAAAGCACACACACCCUACCCCACCCCACACACCAGUACUGAAACCUGGACAAAGACCACUCAACACUAUACCUUCUCCAACCCCCACACCACCCCUCGUAUCAACCCAUACAGCCCCCGGACACACAGGGUUCCCCUCACCACUCCCAUGUACCACACAGUCCCAUCAAAAGCUGGCUUCCGCACAACACAAGCUCCUUCCACAACUGCAAGAAAACCAUUCACCACGGCAGCAUCACCCCAGUCUACAGUAAAGAUCAUUAAAUUAAAGAAGCCUGCAGUGACACCUAGGAAAAACAGUUCUUCCAAAGGAAGUGGCUCCAAGAGCCAAAACCAGCGACCAGUAAAUCCCAUGAGCAGCUCCGUCAGUGACCAAAGCAACCUGAUGGCCAGAGUGCCAGUCAGCAUGGAUAUGUUCUGGGUUGUAGGAAACUGGAGCGAGUGUUCAACAACAUGUGGGAUUGGAGCGAUAUGGAGGACGGUAGUGUGCAGCUCCCAGAAUGAUGAGGACUGUGCCAACAUGAAGAGACCUGAGCCUGCACGCACAUGUCACCUGCAGCCUUGUGCCACCUGGCAAAGCGGCAGCUGGAGCAAGUGUCCAGAUGACUGUGCGUUGGUGGGAAGGAGAUACCGUGAAGUCCAGUGUGUCGAUUCUCAGAGUAAACGUCCCCUCAGACCUUUCCACUGUCAAGCCGUGUCCAGCAGACCCCUCAGCACCUUGACUUGCCCCCACAAGCCCUGUAGGACCUGGAGUUCAUCGCCCUGGGGACCGUGCUCUGGCAGCUGUGGCGAAGGCGUCAGGGAGCGGUUGGUGUACUGCCCCGAGCCUCAUCGCUGUAGCACCACACUGAGGCCAAACAGCACAGAGCUGUGCCGUCUAAAGCCCUGCACUGACUGGAAGGCUGAAGACUGGGAGGAGUGCUCUGUGAGUUGUGGUGGGGGUCAGCAGCAGCGUGAAGUCAACUGUGUGAGUGAGCAGGAUUUGGCCUUAAUGCCUAACAGCCUCUGUGAGAAGAUUUCCAAAACAGAAACACUCAGGAAGUGCAAUAUGCAGGAAUGCAAGACGAACACAGGUCCAGUUUGCAGGAAAAACACCAUGACCUCUCGCUUCUGUGACAAGCUGAAGCUGUUGGGUCGCUGCUCUCUCAGGUCGGUCCAAAGACAGUGUUGUGUCACCUGCGGGUCAUAGCCAGGGUUACACACCCACGUACGUAUAUCACAGUGGACACAUCCAAACUACAGUAAUACUUACUGUGUCCUCCUGGAAUGCUGACAGAAAGUCAUGCCAUUCACAGACGGACAUGUCCAAACCAAAGUGCUAAAGACCCCAACAAGCACGUCUUAAUCAUCACUAACAAACCUGGGUCGGCUAAGAUUAUAUUUACAGUAUACGGUCCAUAUUUCUUUUUUGAAAGUGAGCAAGAGAACAAGCCAAAACACCAAUGAUAUAUUCACGUGUGACAGAUGUCAGAGGUAAAUGUUCAUCGAGCCAUGUGGAGGUGAGCAGAAAUGCUUAUCACAAUUAGAAUAUUUCUUUUGUUAAAAAUGUUUAAGAUUUUAUUAACAGCUAAGGUUAUGUUUGUGUGCAAAAUCUGCCUUAAAUUGAAUGUGAAUUAACUGGUUCAAAGUACAAUAAUUCAGUAGAAACAUACUAAACAAAAAACCUAAAAGAAAGUCAAAUUAUUAUUUUUUUAAUUAUUAUUAAAUUACUCAAUACAAAAAUAAUCAAGAAUCACAAUUCGAGCCCAGGCCAGUACCAUGGCUACUCCUAUACAGCUGUGAUACAUUAAUAACAGAAUGUACACAUGCACCUUCUUUAUUCAGAAAUAAAAUCACUUAUUACCUACAGUACAUAUCUCUCUGGUCCAAAGGUGCUUUUAUAAUCAAGUUACUGAUGAUUCACAACUAAACGGUCAAGUCUCCAGUUUAUUUCACAGUGAACUGGUAAAACAGAAUGUAAAUAAAGAUUUGAGACCUCUAUUAAAUUGUUAAUAGUAAUGAUAAUCUAUGUUUUUUUACUCAUGUUUUGCUUUUUCUUUGCUUGAAUUGUGGUUUGGCCCUCAGCUGGCACUGUGUGUUUACAUUUUCCUGGGUACAAGUUCCUGCUUUAGUCAUUUUUGUUAUGAUUGCCAAUGAUAAUUAAAACCUGUGGUGCUCCUCCUCUGGUAUUAGAUCGACCAAUGAGAAAGAGGUGUUGCAGGCCAUCCCUCUUAGGUCCCUCUAAAGAUGGCCGCUGUGUUUGUAUGAUAUUGUACAGGCAAUACCAUUGUCAUGCAUAUAGUACCUCACCUUGACUGAUUUGUACAUCAAGUCUCCUUCAAUCAAUGUGACAAUAAAAUAUCUUAAAGAUGUAACUGAGAAUGAAAUAGUUAUAUUUCUAACUAUAAAGCAAGGAAUCUCUCUGUC